UCACCGACGUUUCCGGCCCAGACAGUGGUGGCGAAAUGUCUACGUCGCUUUCCGAAUUCGUAGUCCGGAAGCAAGUGGCAAUGAAGAUGACAGUGCUGGAGUGACCUGCGAGGAACCAGUUUCGCCCAAGAGCGAAUAGCGGCGCCGUACACGCGAUGUUGGCAUAACCUUGACACCUGCCGGUCACCCCUGUGUUAACUGUCUAUUCACCAGCUGUUUACCCGAGACGCUCUUCUUCAACCUUACAGAUGGCCAACAUCCUGAACAUAGCCUACCGUAUCGUGGUGCUCUGCGUCCUUAUCCAUGAAGAGUGGAACUCCUUUGCAACCGACACUAGUGUUACUAUGGGAGAACGCGUAAUCCAUGAUGCCACACCCAUUGUCAAAACUAAGCUUGGAGCCGUCGCUGGGCAGCGCAUCGAACUCAUCGGACGCGGCGUCGACGUCUUCUGGGGAAUUCCAUAUGCGGAACCCCCUGUUGGAAACCUCAGGCUCAAGAAAUCUGUUCCUGUACGUCCGUGGAGCGUCACACUUCAAGCGACAAGACGACCGAACCAGUGUCGGCAGAAUCCGGAUGAGUGGCCUCCUGUCCCCGGAAAGUCGAGUAACUGCAGUGAAGAUUGUCUUUACUUAAAUAUCUGGACACCUGCAAAUAUUGUGCCAGGGGAAUUGCGGCCAGUUAUGGUCUGGAUUCAUGGUGGAGAUUUCAUACUGGGUUCAUCUUCAUGGGACUACUACGACGGCGCAAUGCUGUCUGCAUAUGGGGACGUGGUGAUAGUGUCUGUCAACUACCGGCUAGGAAGGCUGGGUUUCUUGAACGCUGGUUCAGAAGCUGCACCAGGUAACCAAGGUCUCUACGACCAAAAUUUAGCAUUGAAGUGGAUAAAGGAACAUGUUGAUUCCUUUGGUGGGAACGCAAGUUCAGUGACAGUGUUCGGACAAGAUGCGGGUGCUGCAUCCAUUGCAAUGCACAUAAUGUCGCCCCUCAGCUCAGGACUUUUCCAGCGAGCAAUAUUACAGAGUGGGAGUGCUUUUUGGAGGCUACGUGAAAGCUCGAUGUGGAAAGGCCACGUUCCUCUAGGAUCGAAAGCGGUGACGAAGCCAAUGAACUGCACGUCCAGCAGAGCCAAGAAAGAUUUCGAUGAGCUUCUGUCUGCCACAAAUGUAGACAGACGACGUCGCCGUAAGGAUGUUGAAGAUGUGUACCACAUUUAUGGCCCGACCUUCGACAACGAGUUUCUUCCUCUCAACCAGCACAUGGCAUUUAGCAUGGGCCUCUUCAAUGAGGUCGAAGUGCUGAUAGGAUCGAACAAAAAUGAAGGAGCUUUCGAAUUUCGCCGUCAGCUGCAAUGGAAGAACUUUAUUGACUCCGAGGAGUUUACUUCGCUUAACCUUCUGCACUACAUCAAGACUUUCUUUAACGAAUAUCGUUUUAAGAGACAGCUGGGUGCCGCAGCGACGGAAGGGAUCUACUAUUAUUUCGCGUCCAACCUGAAAGGAUCUGACAUUGUGCAUAACAGACAGUACGUGUUUGAUUUUGUAGGAGAUUACCUAUACGUGUGUCCAACUGUUUACUUUGCUGAUGCGCUGGCGGAUCAUAACACUUCCGUCUUCUACUACCGCUUCAAUCACGGCAGCGUUGGCCCCGAGCGUCCGCCAUGGGCUGCUGCCACUCAUUUCGAUGAAGUGCCCUACGUCUUCGGAAGGCCCAUUCGUCACCCGGAACACUACACCACGGAGGAAAAAGAGCUCAGCGUGUCCAUGAUGGAUACCUGGGUGUCGUUCGCAAAGGCAGGGAAACCAGCUUCGCCAUCGGGGCAACCGUGGCCACGCUAUUCCUCCGAACACGGAACGUUUCUUGACAUCACUGCAAAGGGCUACCUGGAACAGUCUGGACCCAGCGCUGAAAGCUGCAAUUUCUGGAGGACGUUUCACAGCUUUGACAUUUGGAAAAACACGGCACCCAUGUUUUCAACACCUGAUGGGCUAAUAUAGAACAACGCCCGCCACGUUUGUGAAAACUCACGAGCGAAGCGCAUUGAUGAUCUCUUCGAGACUGCUGGUAGUCUCCAUGAUGCAGUGGCGUCACUAAAAAAAAAGGGGGGGGGGGGUCCACAACGAGUGACGCGACGGAAGGAAAUGUCGCCUUGUCGCAUGUCAUGCCUUCGAGGUACGAUAACGGUAAAGCACCUAGUUUAUUUUCUUC